UCUUCCAAUAGUAUAUAUAACAUUUUUUUUGUUCUCAAAAAAUAUAAUUUGUUAGAUUGAUCAAGAUGGAAAUGGAGUCAUGUGUUCCUCCAGGAUUUAGAUUUCAUCCAACAGAGGAAGAACUUGUUGGAUACUACCUCAAGAGAAAGAUAAACUCACUCAAGAUUGAUCUUGAUGUCAUCACUGAAAUUGAUCUUUAUAGAAUGGAGCCAUGGGAUAUCCAAGAUAGGUGUAAACUGGGAUAUGAAGAACAAAGUGAAUGGUAUUUUUUCAGUCACAAGGACAGGAAAUAUCCUACUGGAACUCGAACGAAUCGCGCGACAGGGGCCGGAUUCUGGAAGGCAACAGGAAGAGAUAAAGCAGUGUUAUCAAAGGAGAAGAUUAUAGGGAUGAGAAAAACACUUGUUUUCUAUAGAGGAAGAGCUCCUAAUGGAAGGAAAAGUGAUUGGAUCAUGCAUGAAUAUCGUCUACAAACUUCUCAACAUGGACCUCCUCAGGAAGAAGGAUGGGUAGUAUGUAGGGCAUUCAAGAAGCCAAGUCCAUCAAACAACAAUAUUGCUUACAAUUAUUAUAUGAGAGGAACCAACACAAGUUAUUCAACUAGACCACCUCCCUCCCUUUCACAAAUCCCAAGUUAUAAUAUUAAUAUUAAUCCUCUCAACCAAACAUCAAAUUUCAAUCAUCAAUUCCCUUUUAAUCAUCAAGUCUCAAGCCAAAAUAAUAUUGUCUAUGACAAUAAUCAACUAGUAAUUCAUGAACUCCCACAACUUGAUAGCCCUACCAUUUCAACAAGUUUGGCUACAAAUGAUCAUCAAGGCCAAAAUUCCAUGAACAACAACAACAAUGAAGAUCAAUUUUGUGAUGAGUGGAAUAUUGAUGACAAGUUAUUUGCACCACAAGUCAUUAUGAAUAUGGAGGCACCAUCUUCUUCUUCUUAUUCUUACCCUAAUUUUCCAUUAGUCGACGAUGAUCAAAAUCAUAUGAGUCAAUUGCUUCAAUGUUAUCCUGAUUUAUAGAUGAAAAUUAAUCUUCUAUGAUCAGUAAUAGUUUUUUUUUGUAUCUUUUUUAAUUGAAACAAAAGAAGAAAUUUGUGAAAUUCCAAGGAAAAGGUGGAACACAUAUAUAGAAUUGGAAAUGUUGAAGAGUGCAAGGCACGUUAAAAAAGUUGCCUUUUAGAAUUUUUUAUUGUUUAACUACCUAUUGACUGUUUUAAGAUAU